AACAUGGACACACGUUUGCUGGUCGCUCUACUGCUGGUCGGAGGCUCCUGGGCAGAGGAUGGGGAGCGACCGGAUUCACUGCACGUGAAGCGUGGACGCUAUGUGCCCGAGUUGCAUGGAGCCACGGCUGGCUGGUACGUUCCCGAUAAUAGUGGAAAGUACCGCCACGAUCCCCGGCCCUAUGAUGGUGGCUAUGGGGACCGCGGUGAGCCCUACUCCGCCGAUCUGCGCGGCAUCUUCCGCAACGUCCAGGAUCAACUGGAGGCCCGUGUGCAGGAAGCCGGUGGCGAUUCCCUGUCGUUGGGUCCCCGUGAUCAUCUGCGCUUUAUGAUCGACUUCAACUUCAAUGGCACCGGCUGGCAGAUAAUCCAAUUCCAGUGGCUGCGCGAUGGCGACGAAUCGCAUCCGGACACCAAGCGCUAUAGCUAUGUCAAUGAGAACAAGCUGUGGGGUGACGAGUCGGAAUCGGUGUCGGAUUCGGAACAUGAAAAUCAGGCCUACGAGUACCAGGAGCCGGACGAAGGAUGUGAGGCGAGCUGUCAGCCGGAGAGCGAAGUAACCGUGGCAGAGACCAGUCAGUCCCAGCCGGAGCCAGUUGAGGAGGCAAUUCCGGAGACAGUUGAAGAGCAGAAGCUGCGGAAAACUAACAUCUACUCCGAGAGGGAUCCUGCCAAGAUUCAUAAUACCAUAAACGAGGUCCUGGAAUACAUACAACAGCACAUCCUGCCUACACUGAGCUAAAACCUAUAGAGCCUAUAGAAAUAGAAAAAUAUCUAUUAAAUCUGAAUAGAUAGAAAAGAAAAUAAACUGUAGUUUGGAAAAUUCACCCUGUAGGAUUUAAUACUUUUAAGCAAUGAAAACUAAUAUUAUUAUUACCCAUUACUA